UGCCGGCUGCCGGUGUUGGUGGAGCGGGUGGCCCCCGGCGCGCUGGUGGUCACCUGGAGCUGCGGUGAGCGUCGCUUCACGGGGAUCCUGCUGGACUGCACGCACAGGUCUGGCCUUUCUGGUCUGCCCCCACCAGCUCUGCUGCCCAAAGCUCAGGACCCUCCUGCCAGCAGCUGCCAUGGCUGGGCCCCCAAUGAGGCGGAUGGAGUGGGGACACAGCUGGAGAUGGACACCCCACCUCCCUGCAGUGGGGAUGGGCCCCCUGAGCCCCCCCCAGCCCUGGUGUCUCCACCUGCUGGAAGCCAACUGCCAUAUCCGCCAUACUUUGAAGGUGCCCCCUUCCCACACCCUCUGUGGCUGAGACAUACAUACGGCCAGUGGGUGCCACAACCUCCACCCCGGACCAUCAAGCGUACACGGCGGCGCCUGUCCCGAAACCGGGCCCCAGGACGGCUCAUCAUGAGCACCAUCCGCCUGCGACCCCGCAGGGUCCUGUGUGAAAAGUGCCAGAGCUCACUGAGCCCCGAGCAGGCCAGCCCUGUCCAGACAGCCACCCCUGGGGCACCGCGCAGGAAGCUGGCCGGUGCCUCUGACCGUGAGCCCCAGAGGCAUGAUGUUCCCCCAGCCAGGAAGAGCAAGAGGGAGGAGGCACGGACUCCGGGGGAGGCCGUUCCACGGAGCCCGGUCAUCACCAUCUCCUACAGCAACCCCCAGGGCACUGGCGAGGUGGUGAAGAUCCCCUCCCGUGUGCACGGCUCUCUGGAACCCUUCUGCCCCCUCCAGGUGCCCCUUGGGGGCAGUCAGGACCCAGAGGUUCGAGAUGCAGAGCCCAGGACCAGUGGGGACAGGCUGCCAGGUGUGCCCACGACCUCCAUCCCCAAGCUGAAGCUGACUCGACCAGCACCCUCUGGCCUAGAUGCACCCCCUCCCAAGAUUCGCCUGAAGCCACAGCGCCCAGGGGUCGGUGAACAAGAGCCUGUGUACAGGGCUGAGUUGGUGGAGGCGCAGAACGGCCACCCAGCUAGUCCCCCCACAUUCUUUGCCAACGGUUCUUCCCGAGAUGGGAUGAUGGAUGUGUCUUCUGGAAGUUCUGGCGAAGAGGAGGAUUUCAAGCGAUUUCCUGGAGGGAAACCUGAGCGGAGUGACUUGGCCUUUCUCGUCAACUACCCAAGCGAGUCCAUGUGCACCAGUGAUAGCCUUGAUGAGUCCAAAUCGUCCAGUUCGGAGGGCAUGCAGGCUGACCCGUGCGAGCUCUCACCUGGUGACAGUGUGCCUUUGCCUUCCUCCUCCAAAGACACACGCCCCAUGGUCCCACCGCUAACGGUGAGGCUGCACACGCAGAGCGUCUCCAAGUGUGUGACUGAAGACGGCAGGAUGGUGGCCGUGGGGGACAUUGUGUGGGGUAAGAUCCACGGUUUCCCCUGGUGGCCAGCACGUGUUCUGGACAUCAACCUUAGCCAGAAGGGACAUGGAGAACCUCCUUGGCAAGAAGCGAAGGUCUCGUGGUUUGGGUCUCCAACGACCUCGUUCCUGUCUCUUUCGAAACUGGCACCUUUCUCUGAAUUUUUCAAACUGAGAUUUAACCGGAAGAAGAAGGGAAUGUACCGGAAAGCUAUAACCGAAGCUGCAGACGCUGCAAGGCAUGUGGCCCCUGAGAUUCAGGAGCUCCUAACUCAGUUUGAAACGUGA